AUGGCGUCUCCUCUGCUUCGGUUGUCGAGGAGGGGUCUGAGGUCCCUGUUGGGACCCCAAUCUGGUCUCGUUCCUGUGCGGAAUCUGUCUACGGAAUCGGGGGCGGCGGCGGGGGGUUCUUCCUCCGAUCGGGUGAAGUGGGAUUACAGGGGCCAGAGGAGGAUCAUUCCUCUGGGGCAGUGGCUCCCUAAGAUCGCCGUCGACGCGUAUGUCGCCCCUAAUGUUGUUCUCGCGGGGCAGGUCACGGUCUACGAUGGUGCGUCCGUCUGGAACGGAUCUGUCCUCCGCGGGGAUCUCAACAAGAUCACGGUCGGAUUCUGCUCCAAUGUUCAGGAGCGUUGCGUCCUCCACGCCGCGUGGACUUCCCCGACAGGUUCGUAGGAUCCCUCUUACCCUAAUUCAGUCUCUUUAUCCUCCAUUCCGUCGCUCUGACUGGACGAGGGUUUGGUACAGUUUUACAUCCAUUUUUUAGUUUCAAGGCAUGAUUAUUCUGCGUUUCGACGCAUCCUGUAAGAAUUGCCUGAUUGUUUAGAGUAAGCUGGAGCUCAGGACGUUUAUCAUGUAACUAUUCUCAUGCUUAUUUCGUGGGUUUUCAAGCCCCAGAAAGAAAUAAUGAGAGAGUCUGAACAGAAAACAAGUGUCGCCUGCCCUCUCUCUGCUGGUCGUGAUGGUGUGUGCAGUGCCUGCUUCUAGGAUGUCAACGAUCGCUGACUGGACAGGCCUUGCGGAUGGAUCCGUGGUUCUCGAUCUUAGUUUUGGUAACUAUACAAGAGGAGGGGACACACAAAGGUCUUUAUCUGAGAGGCGGGGAAGUUUGGGUUUCCAGAGUCGAUUGGUGUGAAUAGGUUCAUCCAGCCGAAGAGGAAGGGCCCUUCUCAUCGCGUUAGCCGAGUUUUUUGACGGGCAUGAAAUGUUCCCGAGGACGGCUUUGUUGGUUUUUGUGAGUAGACUCUUGGGGCUUUUGCUUGAUGGACCGGAGACUGGGAUGUUUCCCUGGGCCGAAGGUACAAGAUUCUUUCUCUCGCUGAUCUCUACUGUCACUGAAUCACAGGAAUGGAAAUUACUUUGGUAAUAGCAAGGAAGACUGAAAGAAUGAAGCACAUUUUCAGCUCCCAGACGAUGAAACUAGCUCUCGGUCCUUUUGGUUGAAGAUCCUUUAACACGUAGUGAAAACAUUUAUUCAGACAGAAGAAGUCAAGUAUCCAUAGAAUUGUGUUAUUUUCCAUUUUGGCACAUAUUUUGGGCAGCGCAAUUGGACCAGAAUUGGGCAUUUUUAUGCCCAUUCGUGCACAUAUAUUGUCUAGAAGGAGUAAUGUCGAUCAUGGGAAGGUAUAUAAUCUAGGGAGACCCAAUUAUUUCUUAAGUGGAUAGUCUUUUGAUGCGAGAUGCAUCGAAAAACUAGAAGCUAAUAUGUUCUUGCUCCUUUCCUGGACGAUCCUGGGAAUUUCUGGAGGUUGUCACCCAGGAUUUUACCCCCGCCAUUUCAGCACUAUUACACAACCUGAAUUGAUCUUGCAUAGGUGUAGCCUGCCUGGAGAUGUAAUAAUAUUCAAAGCAUUUCAGAGGUAAGUGCUACCUUUCCUUCCUAACCAUUCUCAAGAUUGGACCUUUCCUAGCCUUCCUUGAUAUGCUGUUCAGCUAAAGUAUAAUAUGCUAUCGAGUAUUCUUAUUAGCAUUAAUCCCUCGAUUGCUGCCUGGCAUGCGUCACAAAAUAUUAUGGGGUAAGGCUUGUGAGAGUGUCGUGGUAGUAUUCACCUCAAACAUCUUGUUCGUCUCUCGAAGGACGGUCAAACUUAGUUCAGCUGUGGAUAUCUUGGCUCUCAUGUAUCUUUUGAUCUGUUCCUCCCUGUGUUCUCUUUCAUUGUUCAUUCUAGCAGAAAGAUUCCUGUAGGAGGUCCCACUCCUAACCAUCCGGCUCGGCUUUGGCCUGAUCUCCGACUCUUAUUCCUUUUCUUUCUUCUAGUCUUCGUGGGGGGAUGUUCGUGAAUGUGUACAAGGGACCUUUGCCGCAAUGAUUGGGUAUUAGCCUCGAGAAGCUCUUCUUCUAGUGAUUUUGAUGACGACUGUCUGCUGAUAUUUUGUGGGUUAGUGAGAACUCACCUUCAACCUUUCUUUUUUUUUUUCACAAUUUCUCUACCAUCGUACGGAGUUUAAGGAUGAUAACGUGGUUGUAGGAGCUGAAUUUCCACGGGUGAAACUUCAUUUCACUGCCUGAUGUUUAGGGGAUCGAAGAUUAUACUCUCUUGUUCUCAUUCUAGAGGGUUGUUGGCAGGACUCGAGAUCAGAGACCACAUACUUCACUUUCUGUUCCUCAUUCUAGAGUGAUUUUAAGAGGAUUCAAGAUCAUGAUUCUAUGUCUCUCUCUCUCUCUCUGUUUUUCAAUCUUAUAUAGUGUGUUGAGAGGAUUGAAGACCGCAUAGACAUAUAUUUCUUAAUCGGGUCCUCAUUCUAGAGUGAUUUUAAGAGGAUUCAAGAUCAUGGUUCUAUGUUUCUCUCACUCUCUCUCUCUCUCUCUUUCUCUCUCUUUCAUUCUAUAGGGUGUUGAGAGGAUUGAAGACCGCAUAGACCUAUGUUUCUAAAUCGGGUCCUCAUUCUGCUUCUCAUUCUAGAGUGAUUUUAGGAGGAUUCAAGAUCACGGUUCUAUGUUUCUCUCUCUCUCUCUAGUUUUCAUUCUAUGGGGUGUUGAGAGAAUUGAAGACCGCAUAGACCUAUGUUUCUUAGUCGGGUCCUCAUUCUGCUUCUCAUUCUAGAGGGAUUUUAGGAGGAUUGAAAAUCACUGUUCUAUCUCUCUCUCUCUCUCUCUCUCUCUGGUUUUCAUUCUUAUAUAGUGUGUUGCGAGGAUUGAAAACCACAUAGACCUAUAUUUCUUAAUCGGGUCCCCAUUCUAGAGGCUCCUGAGAGGAUUGAAGAUCAGAUAGACGUAUAGUCAACUCCCGGGGUCUGGCCUUCAUUCUAGAGAGUGUUGUGUCCAGAGGAUUAAAUACCACAUAGACUUAUAUCUGAUUGUCAGCUCCUCUUCCUAGAGCUCAGAUAAACCCACCAUCUUUCUGCUCGUGAAUCAUUUGGAACCAAAUUACCUUCUGAUUUUGGAUAAUAUCGGCGAUCACACCUGAAAAAAAAAAUCGUCUAAAAGGGAGCGCUUCCAUCCUAUGAAAAAUCUAAGAGUGGCACUGAUCCUAUGAAAAUAGAAGCCAGAUGUGGAGUGGAGUAGCUUGCUUCUAAGGUUGAUCUUGAGAAUUCCAUGAUAAGAUCGAUCAGUUGAACAGGAUAGAAAAGAUAACGAUGCUCUCCAAUGAACAUGAGAUUCGCUAUGAGGAGGAUGUGGAUAUUGAAGAAAGUCUUCUUCUGAUUUGACUUUUUUUUUUUUUGGGUUUUUCUUGGCCUGGCCUGCCCAAAUUGAGAAUUCCAUGACCUGCCCAGAUUGGUAAUGUGAACUCUCUCUCUCUCUCUCUCUCUCUCUCUCUCUCUCUCCUAAAAAUCGCCUCCUUUAUGAUAAGAUCGAUCAGUUGAACAGGGUAGAAAAGAUAACGAUGCUCUGCAAUGAGGAUUACAUGAGAUCCGCCAUGAGGAGGAUCUUGAUGCUGAAGAAGGUCUUCUUCUGGUUUGACUUUUUGUUUUUUUGGUUUUUCUUGGGUUGGGCAGGUCUGCCGGCGGAGACAUUGAUCGAGCGGUAUGUGACGGUGGGGGCGGGCAGCCUGCUUCGGUCCUGCAGUGUGGAGCCGGAGUGCAUCAUCGGGCAGCGGUCAAUCCUCAUGGAGGGCUCCCUGGUGGAGACCAACGCCAUCUUGGAGGCGGGGACGGUGGUGCCGCCGGGGCGCCGCAUCCCCUCCGGCGAGCUCUGGGCGGGGAAUCCGGCGAGGUUCGUGAGGAAGCUGACCCACGAGGAGACCCUGGAGAUCCCCAAGCUGGCCGUCGCCAUUAACGACCUCAUGCAGAGCCACUUCUCUGAGUUCCUCCCCUACUCCACCGUCUACCUGGAGGUCGAGAAGCUCAAGAAGGCCCUCGGCAUCCCCCUCUGA